GUGCCUAUACGCUAAAAUUUUUGUAUUUUAGGGCUUAGACACCGAAUUAUUAGUGCUUCAUACUAUUUCUGUUUGCGGUGUUCUGGUAAACAAGGUGUGAGGUCAUCGACUUUCAUACAAACGACAUCACGACUCAUGAGUACCUACGAAUAUGUGCUAACAUAAACAGAUGAUGAGAGUUACUACUAAUUAAGAUUUAAUCCUUCCACUUUGCCUUAUAUAUCUACUUAAGAUAAUAAUACUAUCAGUUCCAAAUACUACCUAUCAUCAACCAUCUCAGAGACGUUGUGAAUUAUCUGAUGUUUGACCUCUGCUGAAAAGCACCAAUCACGUACAGUCACUUAAUACAAUACCUAACUACCUAGGUACUUCUACUUGAAAUAAACUCCUACCAAUAGACACUAUGCCGGAAACCCUACGAGAGAAGGCGAUGAAGAAAACCAAGGGUCCCAAUGCUAACCCGAGCCAGCUCGGCGAUCCCAUUAGCCUUAAAGCAGAGCAGAGCGAGAACAUUCCCACGGACGAGGAAAGGGGUGCAACAGAGGCUCCGGAGUCAUCCUCGGACAAUAUCAGGAAUAAUAAUAACCAGAAUGGUAAAAGUAAUGGCGGAGAUAGUCUGAGAGAGAAAAUGGUCAAGAAGCUUCACGGAUCUCAGGCCAACCCAACGCAACUAGGCGACCCUGUCAGCCUCAAGGCCGAGACAACCGACGAUGUUCCCACGGAUAGGGAAGAUGGCGCUCACAGUAAGCGGGGUUCGAAGUUAUGAUGGUUCCAGGUCAUGUGAGGUGAUCUAUCAGUAUUAAAGAUGUCGGACUGAGCAGACGCCGUGAUCCGGUCUCUCAAAUGGCCGAUACUAGGUACCAAGCAUAGAAGCAGCUUAGACAGGAGGUAUGACGCAUUAUCAUGGUCUAAAGCCUGUGCCUUUAUAAGAAUCAGUUAGGAAAUCAACCAUCAAUAUAAUUU